CUUUUAUUUAUCCUUUUCCCUGUAAUCCACAAUCUACGUAAACGAGUGAGAGCGACGACCGCAGCAAUUGGGACAAUCGAACUCUUCAUCGUCAAAUUUUUAAGUAUUUGAUAGCUAUUUCUGGUUUUAUUUAGUGGUGAUUGAAAUGGAGGAUGUUGUAUUCUCGUGCACCGAUAAUGGAAUUCAAGUUGACCGCAAAGUAGUUCAGACACUGCAAAAGAAUUUUGUGCAAGUACAGAACAUUUUUGAUCAAAAUAGGUUGUUAAUCAACGAGAUCAACCAGAACCACGAGUCAGCAAUCCCAGAUAACUUGACUCGAAAUGUUGGUCUUAUUAGAGAGCUAAAUAACAAUAUUAGAAGAGUAGUUGAUCUCUAUGCUGAUCUCUCCAGUUCUGUUACCUCAUCUAUGGAGGCUUUCUCCAAGUGUGAAUCAACAAAUGCUAAUCAAGCAGAUCAAAGAGACAGUCAAAAGAGAAUUAGGUCCAGCUGAAUUAACCGCAUUGAAGUUCAACUUUCUCCUUUGAUUGUUUCUAAGUAAAUCAGCUCUCUUUAAAUGGGUUUAAGCAGAAAGGAAUGAAUACCUAGGCUUAUCGCUAUAAUAUUUUGAAAAUAAAUCCUAUCUGGCCAUGUGUUCCUUUGUGUCCUUCUAUCUGCUUCUACAAUUGGACUCAAAUUCAUAUUUAGCAAGUCGUAGUUUUCUCCUUGUAUGUUUGUUACUGUAGAGUUUCUUGUUCUGUCUUUAGUUGUUUGAGUGGGCGCGAAGAAAAUAUAUAUAGAGCCCCACUAAACUCUGAAAAAUGUACACAUGAUGAGAUGAUAAAAGACUUAUAGUUUCUUGUUUGAGUUCUAA